UGGGGGGGAAAAGAAUGGCAGGAAGGAAAGGAGGAGGAGAAGAAUUCGUGUACAGAAUCAGCACAAGCGAGGAGUGGGAGGCUCUUCAGAAAACUGGAACUACUUUGGGUGGUGAACUUGACAAAACCGAUGGGUUUAUCCAUCUCAGCAGCCUCCAUCAGGUCCAGUCAACUUUGCAGAACUUCUUUCUGAACAGUAACAGGGACCUUUACCUGCUCCAAAUUGAAUCUAAAAAGCUGGGAGAAGGACUAGUAUACGAAGCUGUAGAUGCCUCAAACGUCUUUCCCCAUUUCUAUGGUCCAUCUCAGAGUUUCAGUCCUCUCCCUUUGGAUGCAGUUACAAAAGCAGAGAAGCUUACUUUAUCAGGUGGCCAAUUCAGUUGUAGUUUGCUAAGUUGAAUGGCAACAAGCUUUGUCAUUCAUCUUUGUGUCUCUACCUGAUUUGGUGUUAGUUCCAAUGGGGAGAUUUGUCAGUGUUUGUCAUUACAUACUGCUACCCAGAUUCAAGGUUCCACUUGGCAAUUUGUUGUCUGUGUGUUGAUUGUGUUGUUAAUGUUGUUCAAGCUUUCAAAGAUUCUGUUAGGCAAUCCCUCUAUAUGUUUAAGCUGCUUCAUAUUUUUAAGCAUGGAAUUAAACAGCUAGUGGUUCAUGGAGUUUGGCAUUUAGAUCGUUUUUAAUCAAUUAUUGAUGCAUUUUGAUUUUUUCUAUUUUG